AUGCGCACCCACAUCUCCGCACAAUGGAGGCGGCCUUCUCUUCGUCUCUUCUUGGUCUUUGCUUACGCCCUGGUCGAAAGGUCAUCGGCGGCAUCACUCAAUUUAGUUGGGACGUUACUAAGCAUGGCUUGGUUCACGUCUUCGCCUCUUCCCAGCUUGGUAACGCUCCCCACCGAGCUUGGCCUUUACGUCACCGAAUUGGUUGGUGAACCGGAACUGGCGGCGCUUUCUCGGGUCAACCGUCGGCUUGGCCAGUUUGCCAAUUGCGUUCUUUGGAACAGAGUUAUCAAAGACCCAGUGAGGUGCCAAGAAGUUCUCCUUUGGGCCGUCGAAGUCGGCCAGCAUACCGUGUUACACUUUAUGCUAGAGAGGGGUGUCGACCCCAACUUCUAUUAUCUCUCGUCCCUACUCAGGAGUAGGCUGCAGGAUGUCUUUGCUGCUCAGGGCGGGCGGCGCGGUACGACUCCACCGCGGGACGACAUUCACCUUCAAGCCGAACAAUUCAGGGAGACCUUGUGCAGAGAUAGGUCCGCGAGAACCCAGGCACAAUAUUUCCAGUUGAAACAACGUCCGUCCAGCAAUACGUUGGUCCAGGACCUGCACUGGCACAUUACGGAGCGGCACCCCCAGUGGCAAUACCGGGCUGCGGAGCUGAAAUUCGCAGUCAGUGGCAGUCUUGAUAAUGUGGACGGCCUGGAAUACUACACCUGGGCCCCGAUCCACAUUGCCGUCCUGCGUGGAGACACCCACGCAGUGCGGCUCCUCCUCAGUCAUGGGGUUGACAUAGAGGCACAGUCUUCCGGUGCGUGUGAUUGCGCUGCCCCAGCUCUUGAUGGCAUUGACGACACAACCAACAACAUGUCGCCUCGCCGAUUCAGGUCGAUCUGGACACCUUUGCAUCUGGCCAUGUGCUCCGGAGACAAGACCAUGGCGGAUCUCCUCAUCUGCAACGGUGCGUCUCGCUGGGUUGGCAGUCUUGUGCGAUACCCUCGCCCCUUAGCCGGCUCGCGGAAUCGUGUUCGCCCAACAAUCACGAGUCUCCAGAAUGCCGCUUGGCUCGGAUCGGUUGAAAUGUGCGAGCUUCUUGUGAACUCACCCCAUGGCAAAUUCCUGAAUUACGCCAACCGCCGACGGUAUACUGCCCUCCACUACGCCGCCCUCGGCGGUCAUAUUCGAACCGUUGGCAAAUGGCUUCUCGAGCACGGAGCGGAUUUCCCCGACGAAGGCGAGGCGGAUCCUCAGGGGCUUCCACAGCGCUUUCUUAACGACCCGCUGAGACUUCUCGUCAUGAAGCAUGAAUACGCCGACGCAUUGUGGCUGCUCAACUUCUGCCACCUGCAUUUAUCAUCUUGGAGCACCUCAUCGCUGGCAAUCUUGUAUUGCCGAGUUCUCGCCGCUCUUUGUCACCUGAAGUUACCCGUUACGUAUAGGACGUUGACGCUUCGCGAGAGACAGGAUAGUCUCUGCAAUACGACCCCGACCGAUAUCAAGGCGAGAGAUGAUAGACUUAUCGAAAACAUGAUGGAUUGGACGAUCGAGAGACUCGUCCUUGCUAGAAGACUCGUGAAGCUGGGCGCAGAUCCUUCACUCCGACAAUUGACCACCCGGUAUAGAAUGCCAGUGGUCUCCAAUGUGGUUCAAGAUUACAUGUGGCUCACACCAAUUGAGAUUGCGAAGCGUUGCGAAUUCACCGCAAUGGCCAAUCUCCUUGAGAACAACGUCGUCGGUGACAUCGAUACCAAAAAUUGGGAUCGCUGGGAAUUCGAAGCCCUGUGGAUCAAACCUGAAGACGUGGAGAACUAUUUCUUGGGCUUGGACGACGACAUGCCCGGUGAAAGUGAUGAUGGCGAGGAGGAAAGGGCAGCAUCUCCUGAGCUAUGA